AUACCUCUGCGACAUCUGCACCGGAUCCACAGAUUGGUAGUCCAGCGCACCACAUGUCCUAUUACAGCGCCUAGUUUUCCUCUUGCCCAUACCUUUGCCUAUUUUAUUCAUAUCCUGAGCCAGACAAUACCGAGUAUGUUGCAAGCGGUGUUCGGAACCUGGUACCCGGCCACUGGCACAUGAUGAUGC